GCUAGCUAUCCUGCUGCCUUAGUUUCUCUGUAUAUAGCUCUGCUACGGCUCAUUGGGGGACUCUUAUCUAAACGUUUGCCGUUGUCCAAUAUCGAAGUUCACACCAGUAAUACUCAGUCCGAAGCUCAUACCAUACAAUUUACCAACCCCCUUUUAACCUUGAUCUUGAUCGGGAAUCAUGUCUUCAAAAAUUCCCAGGGGCGUCCUUGAAGCGCUAGCCCAAAAGGUUCGAGAGAACCCACAGACACUCAAGAACCUGGUGUUGUCGGACUCUACGACUUCAGUAACGGCCGUCAAGACCCAAGAUCUCCGUUUUGAUGUGCACAGAAACACCCAAAAACCCCGACAUGGCGACCAGGAUCAUUCAAGCCAACAGCGAAGCACAAAACAAUGCCGUCAAGAAUUUCAUCAGAGGGAGGACCGGUGGCCACAAAGGGACUCACCAGAUAAUUGGGGACAAGAUCAGGUUUGGUUUGGGAAGCUACUUCGAUGCUGAGGCUGUUGCACGCGCUAUUGAAGGGGA